UAGUCGACGGCGACACUCUUUGCAUGUGUGAGUGUGCGAGCUGGUCAUACAGUUGUGAAAAAUGAGCUGCUAAGAGCAGUAGAAUUAAUAGUUAAUGCGCCAGUAGUAGCCGAAAUUGUUAAUUUGUCUUCUACACAUAAAUCGUGCUAAUUUAAUUAAAAGUUGUUUUAGUGCAUGUAUGUGUUGGACGGACGAUCAACGGGGUGGUGUAGUAAAAGAUAUAAAAACCAGUUAAAAACGGGUGAAAGAAAGAAAUUUUAUAUGUGUGUGCGCAAGUGUGAGUGCCUGUGCCUAUAUGUGUGAAGAAAAGCAAUAACAACAACACCAACAACAACCUGGUCUCGUAUGUCCGCUUUCCUUGCUCAUUACGGUGCUUUUCUGUGCCCAAAGUGCAGGCAAGUGCAGCCUGGAGUAAUCACAAGCAGAAUCGACGACAGUUGCCCGAAGAUUGAUUCAACAGCAGAGCGAACGGAUCGCCAACAACAAGUGCAAUAAAAUGUAUUAUUAUUAAGUACGCUAACACAUACAAUUCAAGCCGGAAGAAUCACGCACAAAAACUAAGAGCGAAAACGAAUUAAAUUGAAUCGAAUCUAAAGCGAUAUCGAUACAGAUACAAGUGUGCAUAUCGAUUAUUAAAGUUCAAGCAAAAUGAACAGUUUGGUGCGUGUUUUUAGCAAUUUGCAAGACUUUUACAAUGACAUCAAUGCAGCAACACUGACUGGAGCCAUCGAUGUGAUCGCUGUGGAGCAGCCCGAUGGCGAAUUUCUAUGUUCGCCCUUCCACGUGCGCUUUGGCAAGCUGGGUGUGCUGCGCAGUCGCGAGAAGGUGGUGGACAUUGAAAUCAAUGGCGUGCCCGUUGACAUACAAAUGAAAUUGGGUGAUUCGGGUGAGGCGUUCUUUGUGGAGGAAUGCCUGGAGGAUGAUGAUGAUGAGUUACCCGCCAAUUUAGCCACUUCACCCAUACCAAAGAGUUUUCUACAAUCUCUGAACAACAAGAGCAUAGACAUACUCGAGGAUAUGCGCACAGUUGACAAAAGCGCUAGCGAUGAUUUGCAAAUACCGUUGCCAAUACCGCGUCGUAACUCAAUUGAUCUCUCCAAGGAGGAGCCAAAGGAAAUUGCUGUAGAGGGCAGUAACAAAUUCGAGAAUCAGGCCUCCGACUAUACACACCGCAGGCACACGGACAACACGCUGGAGCGACGCAAAUUGAGUGAAUCGCUCAAGGAGUAUACCACACGAAAGAUGCGUGAAGAAUGGGCAGAGCACGAGGAGCUAUUCCAAGAGAAAAAGCAGCCCGAAAAGCUAGAGAAAAUGCCGGAUACAAAAGCGGAAUUGGAAGCGAGAACAAAUGUGGAAUCACAACCAGAAUCCAUUGUGAAACCACAAGCUUCAUCACAACCCGAAGAAAAGCUAGCUCAAACGCCUCCAUCAGCCAAACCGGAAGUUUUGAUAACGACACCAACAAGCACAAUUGCGGAGGCAGCAACAACUAUCUCCAACGACACCAACAAGGACGAUGCCAAAAACAAGACAAAGAAGCGACGCAAGAAGUCGCAAAUGAAGAAGAAGAACUCACAGCGCAAAACAUCAUCGAGCAGCUCUGCGGGCAGCGCCGCUGGCGGCGAUAUGGCCAACGCAGAUGCCAACUCCAUCAACUCGAUGCUGGCCAGCAACAUCGAUGAGACCGACGUGGUGGCGUUAAAAUCUGUUUCUAAGACGACCACCAAUUCCUCCUCCAAUGAUGAGCAGGCAUCGGCCGCACUCCUAACCGCACACACGGGCAAUGAUAGUCCAUUGAGUGAACUCAACCAUGCUGCCACGCCCACGAGUUCGAUGCGUCAUGAUCUGGACAUACAUUUCUUCAGCGACACAGAGAUAACCACACCAACGGGUAUUGGCGCUGUUGGAGCUGGCAGAAAUGCGGGCCGACCAUCGACGCCCAUACAAAGUGACAGUGAAUUGGAGACAACAAUGCGGGAUAAACGUCAUGUUGGGGACGAUGAGAAUAGCGCGUUAUGGAAAUGGGGUGAAUUACCCACUCCGGAGCAGACCAAGGGAACGGUUAGUGCUGCGGAUGCACAGCAAAACGAGCGGCAUUGGAUGAUAAGCAAUAUGUUUAGCUUUAUGCGGCGGGCGAAUCGUUUGCGCAAGGAGGGUGCCACAGAGGCGGGCGACAUCUAUCUAUCCGAUCUAGAAGUGGGCAGCAUGGAUCCAGAGAUGGCGGCUCUUUACUUUCCCAGCCCCAAACCCAAGGAGACGGAUCGCGAGAGUGGCAAUGGUACUAGUCUGCCCCAUUCACCAAGUUCCCUGGAGGAGAAUCAUAAGAGCUUGGAUUCGGACUUCGAUGAGACCAACAACAAACAGCACGCACCACAUGGCAAGAAAUAUUUGGACUUCGUGGCCAUGUCCAUGUGCGGCAUGCAGGAGAAUGGUGCACCGCCCAAGGAUGACGAUUUCGAUAGACAGCUGGUCAGCUAUGCAGAUGUGUGCAAAAAUCCAAAUAUGUUCGCAUCACAAAAUCUAGUUGUACGUCUGAAUGGCAAAUACUAUACCUGGACGGCUGCAUGUCCCAUUGUCAUGACAAUGAUAACAUUCCAGAAGCAACUAACCGAUGAUGCCAUAGAGCAGCUUAUUUCGCCAUCUACCCAAGCUGCGGAUGAUGACAAGCCGGAAGCGUCGCACCAAACGGAACAUCCUGGUCAAACCAAGCGUUCGUGGUGGAACUGGCGUAGAUCUCAAGAUGCGGCGCCUAAUCAGGCGAAGAUUCAUAAGAAUGGUCCAAUGUCUAAGGAUGAGAAGGAUGGCGAUCAGGCCGCUGUUAGCACACAAACAUCGCGCCCCAAUUCUCCAGAUUUGAGCGAUCCAACGCUUAGCAAGAGCGAUUCGCUAGUAAAUGCCGAGAAUACUUCCACACAGGUGGAUAAUCUGGAGGAACUUACCAUGGGCUCCAGUAAGAGCGAUGAGUCUAAGGAGCGCUAUAAGAAAACGUUGCGCCUCAGCUCGUCGGCCAUUAAAAAACUCAACCUUAAGGAUGGCAUGAACGAAAUCGAGUUCAGUGUAACGACCGCUUAUCAGGGCACCACGCGUUGCAAGUGCUAUUUGUUCCGCUGGAAGCAUAAUGAUAAGGUUGUCAUAUCGGACAUAGAUGGCACGAUUACCAAAUCAGAUGUAUUGGGUCAUAUAUUGCCCAUGGUUGGCAAAGAUUGGGCGCAAUUGGGCGUUGCUCAGCUAUUCUCGAAAAUUGAACAGAAUGGUUAUAAGUUGCUCUAUCUAUCGGCACGCGCCAUUGGCCAGUCACGCGUGACGCGCGAGUAUUUGAGAUCGAUCAGACAAGGGAAUGUUAUGCUGCCCGAUGGUCCAUUGCUCUUGAAUCCCACUUCAUUGAUAUCCGCCUUUCAUCGGGAAGUCAUUGAAAAGAAGCCGGAACAAUUUAAGAUCGCUUGUCUCUCGGAUAUACGGGAUCUAUUUCCGAAAAAGGAUCCCUUCUAUGCAGGUUACGGCAAUCGUAUUAAUGAUGUAUGGGCCUAUCGAGCUGUUGGCAUACCCAUUAUGCGUAUAUUCACGAUCAACACGAAGGGCGAGCUGAAACACGAAUUGACCCAAACAUUCCAGUCAUCUGGCUACAUCAAUCAGUCGCUCGAGGUCGAUGAAUACUUUCCCCUGUUGAUGCAACACGAUGAAUACGAAUAUCGCACCGAUACUUUCGAAGAUGAGGAUUUGCCUGAUGAGAUACAAUUCAGCACCGAUAAUUCCGAUAUAGACGACGAUAGUGAUGAUAUCGAUAAUGAUGAUGAUGAUGACGACGAGAUUAACGUUGACAAUGAUGAUGAUGAUCAGGAUAUGAGCCUCAUUAUGGCCGGCCGACAUGGUGCCAAAAAUGAAAUAUUAUUAGCUUCGCCACCAAAAUGGCUAAACUAACUUAACCUAUGACUAAGUCAAAAAUAUGGGAAUUAUCCUAAAUUGUGAUAUUCAAAUAUUUGUAGCCAUUAAGUUUAUAGUAUUAGUUUAUAGACGGGAGCACACCUUUGAUAGCUGCAACUCCCAAUUUAUUAAUAGCCAUAAGUUAAAGAAUUAUGAACAACCCACACGAAGUAUGCCUAGUCUUAAAAGCUGGCGAACAAUCAGAUUUAGAUCAUAAGCC